UGUUGCAAAAUUCCAUACCGUUCAAAUAUAUCUAAAUUAUCUUUAAAAUAAUUUUUGUGUACCAAUGCAUUAAAAGAGCAGCACUGUUUUUUGCUAUAGAUAAAUGUACGCAAAUUCAAAAAAUUGGCCAAAGCAAACAGCUGUAACAGAAAAGAAAUUUAAAGGUGAAAAAGGUGGGAAAAAGGAUAAUCCAGCUGCUGCUGCCACUGCCGUUAGUAUUUAAGAAGUGGACUUUUAAAAAUAUUCCUUAAUUUGUUAAAUACCAUAGCGUUAGAAUGUCGUUUCUUGAUAUCUUGCAAUCGCGUGAGUAUUCCCGGUCGUCUCUUAUGAUGUCUACAUUACUCUCAAAUAUUCCGUUUACAGAAGAUGUAGACAAUCAAAAUUUUUAUAUCAAAGAAAAUAAUGCUUAUACGGAAGAUAAUGUAUUGGUAUACAAUAUAUUUGUAUACAGUAUUCCAAAGCAGUUGACAGAAGACGAUGUACGCCGUUAUUUCUCAAAAUUUGGCAAUGUGCUUGAUGUAAAACUUGUGGCGGACAAAAGGCGGUCACGACGUGCAGCGCCGAAAGUGGGAUUUGUGAACUUUGCUGCAUCGGAAAGUGCCUGCAGCGCGCUGCGGAAGAAUAAUCAUCGCUUGCAAGGCGUACGUAUCGGUGUAAAGCCAGGUGAUAGCUGGAAUCAGCCCAAUGCAGAAAAAGCAUGUGGUUCAAGGGAAAACGAUAACAAUGUUGCAACCACUUCAAAACAAACUAAGAAACACGUACAACAAAGUACAACGAAAGACGCAAUAGCGACAAAUUCAACGCAUAUGCUCGCGUUGAAUGACGAUUGCUUGGAAUCAAUUUUCGGUUUCUUAGAUUUAAAAGCACAAGUACGUUUUGCACGCGUAUGUCAACGCUUUCAGGAUAUUUUCCAAAUAUACUGCAAACGCGAAUUUAAAAACUUCGAACUACACAAAAUGUGUAACAUGACAUUAUGGGAGAUGCGUGAUUUCCUUCGCUUUGCUGGCGACAAUAUAACAAGCAUAACAGGCAAAGUGCCGUAUAAAAAUCGCGAACGAAUUAUGGAUUUUAUACGCACAUUUUGUGUAAAGCUGAAAUGUAUAAAACUGGAUAAUAGUAAAACGCGAAACGAAUGUCUGAAGAAGCUAUUGCGCGGUAUUCCACAAUUGCAAGAAUUGACACUACGUGACUGUGCUUUAACUGACAAUUCCAUACAAACAAUGACACAUCUAAAACACUUAGAAACACUAGAACUUGCAGAAAAUUAUGAGCUGACAGGUAAAUUUAUAAGUAAAUUGGUGCAACUGAAGGUGCUAAACUUUUACGGUUGUAGUAACAUACAAACAUUCCACUUGGUGGAUAUUUGCAAAACACUGCCAAACUUGAAAUCACUGGACAUACGGCGUUGUGAGCGGAUAGCGCCAACACUUUUCGACAUAAUGGUGAAGCAUUGCAAAGAGCUGGAAAUACUUAAAAUGUCCUGUCCGGAGUUCCCUUAUGAGCGUGUCGCAUUUUUGCCAAAUCUCAAACAGUUAGAAUUACUUUACUACUCUUGGUGUAGCGCAUCGCAAAAACGUCUGUUAGCCGAACUGGUCACGCAUAAAGCCGAUCAACUGGAGGUUUUGAAAAUUGUUGCCAAAAAUACACUUUGCACCGAGCAUAUUGAGCUAAUAUCGCAGUUGAGACAGCUGAAAGUACUGUUUGCCUCCAACAAUCCGUCGGUAAACGAUGAUUCGCUCGUUAUGCUUUGUAAAUUGCAACAGCUCGAAGAGUUAACCAUCAAAGGCUGUAGCAACAUAACCAAUCAAUCGGUAAUAAAGCUGGUGAAAAGCUGCCAAAGUUUGCGUCACUUAAACAUACAGUUUUGCAAAAAGAUAACAAUUGAAUUUCUAUUAGAAACCAUACGCUUUUUAAAAACUACAGAGAAACGCAAAAAGCCAUUGGUACUUGUAGUGUAUGGCACGUUAAUCGACCACUAUGGCGUAUCGGCGUGCGAUGAAUACAAAGAAGCUGAAGCGCAGUCUUUAAUUAAAGUCAUCUUCCAUGCUUCAAAUGUGGAUCUUGGUUUGGAUGAUGGCGUAGAUAUAUAUGAUAUCUGGGAUGGUGAACAAUGGAAUGACGAUGAUGACGGUCCAACCGAAGAUGAUGAUGAAGACAUUUACUUUCCUGAAAGUGAUAUGGACGAUGAUGAUAUCGAUUUCGCUUAUGACAUAUUUGGGCGCAUAUAUCCACACGGUCAUGACAUAAACGAUGUUAUUUGGUGACUUUGUAUUUAGCAAGGACUGCAACCACUAUUAAUGUUUUAUAAUGUAAACAUUCUCAUUUUCUGUUUGUAUACGAAAUACAUUUGAAUUUUUCUAAUUAUGAAAUAAGUAAUGAUUAAUAAAAAAUAUUAAGAAAAAUAUGUAGUACAUAUAUUAUUUCACUGACUAAAACAUUUUCAAACAUUAAAUUGACUGUGAGAGGUUUUCUAAGUAACUUGCUGGUUUAUUUAAAGUGAGUUUAAUGGCUCUUAUGCAUUCGAAAAAAUAAAAAAUCGAAGAAAUUGUGUUUGUUAAAUUUCGAUUUUUUUAUUUACAAUCACUAAGUUGCCAUCCAACAAUUAUAUAUAGCAUAUAUGUCGCAACAUCAUGUUCGAAAUUGUGUUUUAUAUUAACUUAAAUGAUUUUACUAAUUCACACCUUGCAAGAAUU